AAGCACCUAGGGCGUGGUAUGAAAAACUAAGCAAUUUUUUGAUUGAAAAAGGAUUUAGACAAGGCAAAGUUGAUAAAACUCUUUUCAUAAAAACUGUAGAUAAGGAUACUCUUCUUGUUCAGGUGUAUGUGGAUGACAUUAUCUUUGGCUCCACAAGUCCUCAUUUGUGCACUGAAUUCGAAAAUAACAUGAAAAAUGCUUUUGAAAUGAGCCUCAUGGGUGAAUUAAAUUACUUCCUAGGUCUACAAGUAAAACAAACUGAUCUUGGGAUAUUCAUCAGUCAAUCUAAAUAUCUCAAUAACAUGUUAAAACGGUUUGGUCUUGAACAUCUAAAAACUGCUUCUACUCCAAUGGGUUCUACUGUCAAGUUAACCAAGGAUGAGUCUGGCAAGUCUGUGGACAGUAAAAAAUUCAAGGGCAUGAUCGGAUCCCUACUUUAUCUCACGGCCAGUCGGCCUGAUAUCAUGUAUAGCGUGUGUGUUUCCGCUAGGUUUCAAAGCAACCCCAAGGAAAUCCAUUUUCUGCAAUCAAACGAAUAUUUCGUUAUCUUGCAAGCACCCCCACCUUAGGCCUUUGGUAUUCCAGUUCUUCCCCAUUAGAUUUGAUUAGCUACAGUGACCCAGACUACGCUGGUUGUGUAGUUGAUAGAAAGAGUACCUCGGGUACCUGUCACUUUCUUGGAUCUUCUCUCAUUUCUUGGUUUAGCAAGAAACAAAGUUCAGUUGCUUUAUCUACUGCAGAAGCAGAGUAUAUAGCAGCUGGAUUUUGCUGUACUCAAUCAUUAUGGAUGAAAUACCAAUUGGAAGACUAUGGUCUUCAGCUUGGGUCUCUUCCUGUUAAGUGUGAUAACACGAGUGCCAUCAACAUGACUAAAAACCCCAUUCAACAAUCUCGCACCAAACACAUAGAGGUUAGGUACCAUUUUAUUCGAGACCUUGUCCAAGAAGGUAAAGUUCACCUAGAAUAUAUAUGGGGACUGACCUACAAUGGGCUGACAUAUUCACUAAGCCCCUGUGUGCUGAUAAAUUCCUCCCAAUUCGACGUGAACUUGGCUUAUUCUCUCUCGAAGAUAUAGAAGAAAUCUCCUAGGACUCUAUUCUGGAAGAUUUUUCUUCCCUUUUUCAAUUCAGAUUCCUUCCCUGUGUUCUUCCACUCAAAUCUUUCACGAAAAAUCAGCAGUACAAAGCUGGCAUAGGAGAGGCAUUACCAUCUAUGGUUCAUUCGUCUGUAUUUAAGUCCUCUCUUACUCAUCUGCAUCCAUCACUCCAGCCCACUUGCGAUAAACCUCCCUCUCCCAAAGCAAAAUGACCUCAAACAAUGCUCAGCUUCGAUCUGCUGUUGUGUUCAAAAACCAAGGGUUCCAAAGUGCUAUUGUGUACUCCAGGUACCUUCGGUGCUUCCGAAAUCGCCCCAUUUAUCCAUCCUUCACUAUCCGUCCCUCAGCCUUUUCAAAAUACGAUAUGGAUGUUCCAUCCCUUCUGAGUGGUCUCGGUUGGUCUGCCUUGAUGGAAGACUAACGGUUUCUACACUGUCCAGAGGCGGUUCGUCUCUUCUAUGUCAAUCUUCGACAAGGGCGUGGUGCUGAACCAAAGUCCUUCACCACCUUGGUCUAUGAUCAUGAGAUCACAGUCACUCCAGACCUGCUUGCAUCUGUUCUCUCUCUGCCUCAUCAAGGAUGUUAGGCUGCCUUUGACGGUGAAUUUGCAGAUCUUGGGUUCGAUUUUGGGGCUACCCUGAAUGAACUCACGCGUGAUAUUGGCCGUGUUUUCCCCACCAUGCUCGUUGCUGGUCGCUUGCCUGACGAUCUGAAAGUCUUCCAUUUCUUCCUUACCCGCUGUCUUCUUCCCAGAGACAUCUCCAGCACUGAUAUUCUCCACACUUCUGAUCUCUGGAUUAUGUCUAAUGCUCGUUCUCGCUCGCCAAUCAGCUAUGCUUCUCUUGUUUUUACCCAUAUGAUUCGGUUCGGUAAUGGUGGUUAUAGCGGUCCGCUUCUCUUUGGUCCACUUAUCACCCGCUACCUUUAUCGUCUAGGCAUUGAUCUUCGCGAUAAGGUUGUUGUUUGCAACAUUCAUGAUGAUCUGCGUCCCAAUCAUGUUCUUAAUCGUCUUAAUGCUGAUGUUGGGCGCCGUCAGCUUCUCUCUGGCUCAGGGGGAGAUGCCAGUUACCUUGUCUUCUCUGCACAAAGAACUACUGAUGGCUUAAUGUCAGGACUGACACAAGCUGCAGUAUCUGCACUAGAUCUUGAAAUCAAACGAGGAAAGGACGCUGGAAGUGAGACAACAACUAGACUUCAAGUGUGCAAGAAGCGUCUGGAGCUUCUGGAGGACGAUGAAGCCAUGCUUGCCCCAGUCAACUUCGAUCCAAUAUCUCCUGACAAUAGUUCAGAAGAUGAUAUCUCUGACUAUGAAACUCCACCCGAUUAUCCCUUCUAAAAGAAUCAGUUGCUGAACUAAGGGGGAGCAUUAGGAUCGUAGCAAUGGUAGUCUAGCAGAGUUAAGUUGGUCUUUUCAAAACUGAGUGUUUAAGUCUGUUAAUCUUGGUUGAGUGUCAGGUGCGUCGAUUAUGUCUUGUGUCAUGUCCUUGAGGUUUCUGAAAGUCAUCAAUAAAAUAAGAAGUGUUCCCUCUUUCUGUUAUUGCAUAGAACAGACUGCACCAAAUUGUGUGUUGAGUGUGCGCAGGAAAACAAGUGCAACAGAGUGAGCCAUUGACAAGCUUAGGGGGAGCUUGUUGUGGGAAGCCUGUCAAUGGCAGAAUCGAUUAAAAGAUCUCAGACCUUAAUCUGUAUCAAAGUUUCCGAGCCUUACCAUAAGAGGAAGCUUACCAAUAUGGAAAGACGCCAAGAGUGAAGGAAAUCAAAUCAAUCAAGAGAGAUCAAGGCCAACGGGCAGCAAAGAAGAGUAUAUUAGGUGAGCCACACACAAUUGUAUAGCGCAACGUUUUUCUGGGAAAAAUCAAAGCUACAGAGUUGAGGGUCAAUAGUAGUCUUGAUAUAGAAAAACAGUGUGUGGCAAAUCAGGGAGAAUUGCUUUGUAGUUCUGUGUGUAGACAGGGAGUUGAUACACAGGAGGAUCGAACAUCUUGCUAAGCAGGGAGCUGAUCAAGGGUGUUCAUCGUAUUGUAAAACCGAGUAAAACCAUUAGUGGUUACGCAAGAAUUCUCAAGAGGAUAAUCUCUUGCCGUGGAUUAGUCGAUAUUGGGAUCCUUCUUCUCCCAAUAUCGGAUACCACGUAAAAUUGGGUCUUGAGUCUUUGUUCCUUUUGCUUUGUUGCCUUUAUGCUUGUGUUGCUCUGUUUCUGGUUAUUCGAAAGAAAAGCAGGAGAAGUGCACAGGAGUCUCCUGGAGAAGAAGCAUCAGUACAAACGAUUGGGCCUCAGGGUAACAAGCCCAUUAACUCAGCGGUACAAAUCUUAUUAGUAAAGGAAGUAAAAGCCCAGCCCGAUAUAGUUACUAACAGUACAUUUCAUUCGGCAAAAUAAAGAACAAAUUAUUUCAUCAAUUCACUUUUUGCAUUUCGUGAAUCUUCACUUGAUCUCUCUGGUUCGAUUAGGGUUUCUUGCAGCCCUGAGAAAGUAAAAGAAAGCCAAAGAAGAAGCAGUUGGUCUCGCGCUCGACCAUCUACAUCUAGCCCACGCAGCUUCUCUGAUUCCAUGUCGUCCGAGUUGUGCACAACCAUAAUACUUAACCCUGUGUUUCCAUCUUAAAUAGCCCACCCUCAACUCAGUUACUUUGAGGGUCUGAUGAGCAUGUGACUGUAUAGAGAGCUAGAAACAAUAUUUCCAAUUUAUUUGAUUUCAGAUUCCAAAUUUGUUGUGUUUUAUUUUGAUGAAUUUUCUCUUUCUUUUCCAUACCUUUGUUUACUGUCACUUUUCCAUUAGCUAAAGCUUGCUUUGCUUUUUGUUUUUGUCAGUAUAGAUUUUCAGAUGUGGUGGCACUUACAUUUUGUUUAUUAGUUCAAUUUCUUUGUUUAGGGUGAUGCGUCAUUUUUAUUUUUAUGUUGCUCUGCCCCUACCUUUCCUCAUAAAAUACUCUUGGGUUGGAUUCUAAUGGUGCAUCGGGAUUCCUUUACACGGAGCUUUGAGUCGAAUCGGCCAGAACCUUGCAACUGGAAUGUAUGCCUUAUCCCGCUCCGAUGUUGUGGUGGAUUGAGAGUUAUACCAGAUCUUCCAUGGCCUGAUGGGUGGAGUACUUUAGAGAGGGACUAUGCCAUUUUCGAUACUCUUCACUGACUAAUAUACCUCUCUGCCUUUUUAUAAAUGAGAAAUCAUCUCAAGAGAAAUACUCAUCGUUAUGGUGCUCUUGGAAGAUUUUUUCUUUCAAAAUCGAUCAUGGGGAACUUUGAGACGGCAAAAUUGAUAAUCAUAGUUUAUAAGAAGAUUGACCAUGGUCCACAAUUCGAGGAUUUUAGCCUUAUAAUUUUAGACCAUUUAGGAUUGCGACAAUUUUGUUCUCUCCUAUUAAGUAUUAAGCUUUUCUCUUGGUGCAUCAUUGAAAAAACAUGUCCUUUUUAUCAUUGUAAUUUUUACUAUCAUCGAAUCACAACGUCUUGAUAAUAUUUUCCUUUUAGUUUCAGUUGUUCUCUCCUGUUUUAUUGUUGUUUUUUCAAAAGAUAGUCAAAUCUUUUAAAAUUGACGUAAGAGUUAAUAGAGCUAUACUUAGGUCUAGGUGUCUCGACACCUCCAUUUACAAUUACCUAACAACUAACAUGUUUAAUUUGUAACAUAAAACAUAUGAAAGAUUUUAAAAUAACUAAACACAACAAUAGAUGUCUGUCUCCUUUUAUCUCCUUUGACGAUUAAUAUUUUUCCUUCUUAUCAUCCACGUAAACUCCUCCUUCCAAUAAUACUCUUCAUCUUCCUUUUCAUCCACCCUUGAAUUUCUUCAAGGGGAGCCCCAGAAAAAGCUUUAUGUUCUAUUUAUUUAUUUAUUUCAAAAUCUUUUCUAUUUUUAUGUUCUAAAAUUAAAUAAAUAGCAUUAUAAUCAAUUGUGUGUUAAAUAAGGUGUGCAGAUACCUGGACCUAAGUAUGAUUUUAUCAAUUUUGACGUUAACUUUCAUGAAAAAAUGGCUCUUAAUUAUAUUUCAGAAGGUUUAUUGUUAUCUGGCACAAAAGACAAGGUUUCACAAUUAUAUUUUUAAUAUUUUAAGCACACUAUGAAUAGUUUGAGUACUUGCCUAAAUAAUUCUGCUAACUACAAAUAAAUAAAUAAAAUUAUUGUAGUUACCCAUCAGAAGAAUACAACACAAUAAACUUUAGAUGCAUGAUAUGAAAUAAUCAAAUACGCCAGUCUCUAGCUAAUCAACCCGACGAGAAAAGAGCCUUUUGUAUCAGUAAAUGAUCAACUCAACCAAAACUUUUACGAAUAUGGUGACAAUAACCACUACAAAUUGAUAUAACGACAUAUUGUAAGCUCAACAUAAAUCAAUUACAAGAGAGUUUAUACAACUUUACUCAAUAACCACUAUCAAAGUCUCUCGGCCAACAGGCCGGACCCAUGUCUAGUAGGAAAUGAAGAAAUGGACGGGGUGGGGGAGAAAUUAAUAGGAGCUCCCGAGUCCCCAUCGCCUACUUGCCCAUUUUUGUUUUACAUUUCAUUUUUUAAUUUUAUAUAUACUAGCUAGGUGGCGGCCGAGCUCUGCAACGGCCUGCGGUUGAUUUUUAAUUUUUUACUUUGUUGGUUAGUCAUUUGUGUGUAUUAUUUUGUUUUAAUAACCUAACAUCAUUACAUCUUACAUUACAAAAAUGUGUAAAUACUAUUCACCUAAUUUUAAAAGUAGUCUUAAGACAUCUCAUUUUGAAGUUUAUUUAUCAAAACAUUUAAUCUAAUUUUGAUGUUUGAUUGGUAACAUGAGUCUAAUACGAUGACAUAACAUAUAAGGAUUAGGAUUUUGCUACGGUGACAUGCAUGUCACCAUGACAUGGACUUUUCGGUCGACCUAAUCCUAAAGGCGGUCGACCGAAUUGACUAAUUUGGGCGGCACGAGAAAGCAUUGCGGUCGACCUAAUCCUAAAGGCGGUCGACCUCAAUUCAUAGCAUAAUUGAUGAGUCCUUGUUAUCAUUAUUUAUGACUAGUUAUGAUGGUUUAAAGCGUAAUUUAGACGAGCAAAAGAACCACACAAAUCGACAUACAUAAGCAAAAAAGACACGGGGUAUAGGUUGACUAUCUUGUAUUCGGUCGACCUCAUACCGGAUUAGGUCGACCUCGACACCAACACUUGAUCUUCAUUUUACGUCAAAUGAUUGGAUAAAUUGAUAGAACACUUAUCGUCUAUCUGGUCGACCUCUUUCUUUAUCUGGUCGACCAUGUUGUUAAUGACUGCCAUCAAGUGGUCGACCUAUAUACAUUUACGGUCGACCAUGUUGUUUCUAACGCCAACGAAAUGGCUGACCGAGGUUUAUUCUGGUCAACCAAAAAUAACAACUUAAACUAAGAACGGUCGACCAGGUGGUCUUUGAGGUCGACCACAAUGCUUUCUCGUGCUGCCCAAAUUAGUCAAUUCGGUCGACCGUCUUCAGGAUUAGGUCGACCGAAAAGUCCAUGUCACGGUGACAUGCAUGUCAUAGUAGGCAUACCCUAAGGAUUAAUGAAAAUUAGGAAUGGAAAUCGAUCGUGUUGGGGGCGGAUAGUGAAUAUCCAUUAUCCUACCUAGAAUAGUUUGGUUUACUCAUACUCAAAGAAGAAUCGAGGAGAAAAUUAAAAUCAAUCCAAUUCUCGAUGAUUCGGGUUUUCACGUGUUAUCCAUGGGUAAUAAUUUUUCUUUAUAUAUAAAUCUAACCAACAUGUUAACAUUCACUCGUAUAAUGACAUUGCGUACGCCAAUAAAAAUCACUAAAAUGAAGAAAAUUAGUUAAAACAAAACAACUGCACGAAAAUAUUAUAUAUGUAUAACAAAUAUCAAGGUUAUAGAGAAAAAUAAUGAGCUUUCUAGAAAAAAUACAUAUGCAUGUGUAUAAUUGAGCAUAUUUGGGUUGCAUAGUGAGAAAAUCAUGUCCAUCCAUUGAUGUAAUAUUCAGAUUCAAAUUUUUUUACAUCCACAAAAAAUCCCUCGAGUUCGAAUUUUACCCUAUCUGAUUAAGUCAGAUUCGGGUGGAUACCACCCGUUGCAAAUUUAUUUCCACAGUUACAACAUUAUCAGAAGUUCACAACUCUCGAAUUGAGAAAUAUUUUUUAGAACAGGUGCGAAUCCAAAUAUCUCAUGCAAAAAAAGUACAACUAUGGAUUAUGUGGAAGUUGCAAAAUCUUAAAAUGGGAAAACAUAUGCAUAAAAAAAACCAAUGAGAGCAAAAGUAUAGACAACAGUAACAUGGAUUGAGCUUUAUAUAAUAUAAUAUAUGGUGCCUUCUAUGGUACCCCGGGUGAAAUCCGGGGCAUCGCAUACCUUGAGUAUGAAAACGCUAUCUAGACCUCGAAUUAGCAGGAUUUUUGGGCAUGAUACUAUACCCUAACCCUUAAUGAGUGAACCCUAGGUCCUAAUUAUCUAAAUCAUAAACUCAAAACCCUAAGGUGGUGUAUUACUUUUUUUCCUAUAUUUGGACGAAUCAUAACCGUUGAUUAUUGUUUCUAAUUAAAUUGAUUUUGGGGUAUAAGAUUUAGAGAAUUAAGACCUAGAUUUUGAUCUUUAUGGGUUUGAUCUUUAUGGGUUAGAGUAGAGUAUACUAUACCCUAACCCUUAAUGAGUGAACCCUAGGUCCUAAUUAUCUAAAUCAUAAACUCAAAACCCUAAGAUGGUGUAUUACUUUUUUUCCUAUAUUUGGACGAAUCAUAACCGUUGAUUAUUGUUUCUAAUUAAAUUGAUCUUGGGGUAUAAGAUUUAGAGAAUUAAGACCUAGAUUUUGAUCUUUAUGGGUUAGAGUAUAGUAUAAUGUCCGAAAGAUCAGUCAAUUCAAGUUCUAGAUAGCGUUUUCUUACUUAAGGUAUGCGGUACCCCAGAUUUCACCCAAGGUACCAUAGAACUCCCCUAUAAUAUAUAUAGUGGCGUCUUCGGUGCACUCACUUUUUUGGGUGCAUUCAGUGCACUCGCUUCAUAACCGUCAUUUUAAACAUGCGAUUAUGUCAAAAUGAUGUCAAUCAUCACUUAUGAUAUGAUGAACAAUAACGCACAUGAAUUUGCACAAAAACCAUUGAAGAUUUACUUUAAUUUGAAGGAUUUAGAGUUUAGAGAUUUAGGGCUAGGCUUAGGGUUUACAAUUUGGGGUUUAGGGAUAGAACUCAAAAUUGGAGGUCUGAGGCUUAGGGUAAUUUGCUAAUUAGUUGUUAUCAUAUGUUAUAUCAUCAUAUUACACUAAUUCUAUAAAUUAAAAUUCAAAAUCAGACACUUUAGAACUAGUUUUUGAGUUGGGUGUAUUAACGCACUCUUUUUUGUGAGUGCAUCGAAGUAGUCACCAUAUAUAUAUACUUAUUCGAUGGGUAAAUAGCAAUUUGGUCACUGGAAUUACUAAAAAGUGUCACGUUUGCCAUUAAAAUCAGUUUAUUCCAUUUAUAGUCACUAAAUUAGUUCAACAGUUCAAGUUUAGUCACUCUCCGUUAGUCUCCGUUAACUUUCGCUGAUGUGGCAGUCAACUCUAAUAGUUGACCAUUAAAUGUGUGAUGUGGCAAAACUUGCAAUUUACCCCUUAUCCAGUGACAAAACUUGCAAUUUACCCUUAUCCGAUCGAUCAAUAUUCCGAUUUUCGUCGAAAUACUAUUAAAACACUCAAUUUUAAUCGUGAAAUUUUCUAGCGACCGUAAUAUGGGUUUUGCCGGAAUGGAAUGUUACAACUUGACAUAUUAUUGGAGUCGAUAUUGUUGCUAGAGUGCUUAGCUAUUUCACUUCUGGUAAGCUCCUCACUUCAGUAAACUAUACAAUUGUUACUUUAAUACCAAAGAUACCUACCUCAAUGCAUUUGAAGAACUUUAGACCGAUAUCUUGUGUAAAUGUCCUCUAUAAAAUCAUAUAAAAAAAUCUUGCUAGCAAGAUUGAUGAACUAUUCAGCAGUUCCUUACUGUUAAAGAUGGCCUAGUGUACUGGCAGGAAAAAGUGAUGAUGACAUAUGCAGCAAAAACAGUACGGUUAGUCAUUUAAGAAGCAAAGGCUACUGUUAUAUGACAUCAUCUUGUUUGGAGAAGAUACCAUAUGCCUCGUAGUAGUAUCUGGUUUGACUAGUGAUUUUGGGAAUAUUGGCUACCAAAAUAAACCAUUCGAUAUGGUAAAUCUGUAACUCCAUACUGUGUUAUGUAGGGUAUCUGCAAAAACACAUGAACAUAGUUUCUUUGCAUGCUCUUAUACACAGCGGGUAUAUUACAAGAGUUUUGGGUAGGCAACACGAGAGAAGAGGUGACUAGGAGGUUGAACCGGCUGCAGCAAGUCGCUUGAGAGUGUCUGGAACUCCGAAAGGUAAGGUCUGGAGUGUGUUAUGGUGAGUGAAACUUGGAAGGAACAUUGUGUGCAGAUGUAUGGUGGGAGUGUUGAGUCUGCAAAGGCGUUAUCUGAUUCUAUAAUACGUGAUAUGCUGGGUUUUAUAGGGUAAAAGAAGGGUUUUUGGUAGAUCUCACACUAUCUAAAAUGCAACAUCUACCCAAUACUUAAUAGCUAAAAAAGAAAAAUGUCACCCUGAUUUAAACUUUCCAGCCACCCUGGCUAAGAAAAACCGAUCCGAACCGAGAUAUAUUCGGUUUGGUUCAGUUUGACCCAUGCACUACUUCGGGAAGUCGGUAAUCAUGUGUUCGAUAUGGUUUGAACCAAACCGACCGAAUGCCCACCCCUAACUCCUGGUGCCAAAACCCUUCUCUCCAUUCUUCUACUUUCCCUUUUGUUUGUUUAGCUAAAGAAUGGAAACAAACCUCAUUUUCUUAGCCAGUCAGAUUCACCCCAAAUUCCGCCAUCGCCCUGCUCUUUUCAAUGCCUCUUCCCGGCCCAUAUCACUUUCCUUCAUAAAAAAUCCCUAGCUCACAAUUCCAUAUCCCUCCACUUCUCCGAAAUCAAGACCCAAGUUCUAGCUUGCCUCCGUAGCUAAAGAAUCUCUUGCUCAGCUACAACAUAUCUGUCGACUUUCGAAUGUAAUCUUGCCUCCCUCACUUCGCCAUCAGAGACGAUGCACAGCGCCUGGUCAGAUCUUUUAGACUACCGACGAUGAUGACAACCCCAAUGACCAGGGGCGGACCCAGGGAGGUUUAGGGGUGUCCCCGGACACCCCUAAAUUUUGGGAAAACGAUUAUCCAACCCCGGUGGUAAUUUACGUAUGGAUAAAAAAAAUAUAAUUGAUAGUGAGGGACACCCCUUAAAUUUGAAAAAAAUGAUUAUCAUAGUGUCAUUUGUGUAUAGGAAUAUAAGUGGUAGGUUGGAUAAUUUAAAUCUAGAACACUAUUAUUAUUAAUAAACUUAAUUUCCAUUGAGCUAAACUCAUUUGUUGUUCGGUUUUGAACAAUGUGUAAUAGUAAAAUGGCAUUCCCUAUCUCUAAUUAUUUUAAAAACCUAACAAUUAAACUAAUUUCAAACUACCCUUAAUUUGUAUUGAUUUUAUGAUUGUACGGCAAAUGUUGAAAGAGUGUUUCAGCUUUGGGUUACAUCAAGAACAAGUUUACAAAUCGAAUAUGCGAUGAUAAGUUCGUGAAUGAUUGUCUAGUAGUGUAUAUAGAGACAAUUUUUUUUAAACACUAUAGACACCAAGUGUAUUCUACAAUUAUUUCCGAAUAUGAAAACACAUCAUGGAUUUUUUUAACGAGUAAGGUAUUUUCAUAUUUACUAUUUUAUUUUUAUUAAUUAUUUAUUUUUUUAAUUUAUUUUUUAAAAGAGGACACCCCUAUAAAAAAAUUCUGGGUCCGCCACUGCCAAUGACCUCAUGUUCCAUGAUACUACUUCUCGUAUAUCUCUUUCCUGCACUACUGGUGCUCGCUGGAUCGCUGAUAUAUACAUCUGAUGUCGUCUUCCAUCGCGAAACAAAUCAAUGGGGAAGCAUGCUCUGACGAGGUACUUCAAUAAUCCGCUUUCUCCAUCUCCAGUGUAGUUCUAAUAGAGGGCAUGGAUUUUUGGCAGUUCAACGACCCGAAGUGGCGAAAUAAAAAGGAUCCUACGAUGCACGGUCUCUUUUAGUCUGAGACUUAGGGUUCUUGAGCAGUAGAGAUAUGUAAUUUGAAAAAAAAUCUCGAUUGGAUAAAGUCUAAUGCUGUAAAGUUGGAUGUAAUUGAGCUGAACCUUGAAGGGAUCAGUAUAAAUCGUUGAAAGGAGGCCUUUGCUUUUAGGGAACAAAGGUUUCUCUUUGAAUUGGAUGAAGUUAUUCAUUCAAUUCUUUUUUCUAUUUCAGAUUUGUUCAGUUGCUGAAUGUUGCGUUAUUGAUUUUGGAGCAGGGCCUCUGUAGAUUAAAACAAGAGGCUGAUAGCGUUCCUUGUAAGAGGGGGUCGUAUGUGGUUAAGAUUGAAGACCUCAAUGCGUGUUACCUUUCUGGGCGUUUGGUAAGAACUGUAAUGUGAAACUUCAUGUUUUCUCUGUCAUUUUGGAUGGAUGUGUAAGUCUUCAUCUCAAGUCUCUCAAGCUAUUGAGCUUUGAUUAUGCUCAUGCAUAUACUAGGACAAAUAAGGAUACAUUUUAAGUGGUGAUAUUUUUGCCUUACCUUCUUGCGGCUUUUCGUAUCCAGUCAUAGAUUAACUUAUUAACUUACUUUUGCAGGCUUAAGAAGUCAGGUUUAGGAAGUACCCUAAAAGGUAAGUGAGUUUGUACCACAACUAGUUAGAGGACAUGUAUUAAUUUAAGAUUGAAGGUAGAAAUACUUUUAAGGGGAAGUGAGUACUUGUACCCUUUCUAUACUUGUGUGUAGUCUACAAUGUGCUUUCCCUUUGAUUUUGUCUUCAGGAAAAUAAAUGAGUCGAUUUGGAGUGAUUUACAGCCUUCUCAAAGAGAUAUGAGUAGUGAGUUAUGACCCCUUGAUUAUUCAAAUUUCAGUUGUCAUUUGUUAGUUUGAAGUAGAAGUUGUGGCAGCAGAAAAACUAUAAGAACUGGUGAUUCAUCUGCUAUGUUUGAAGAACCUGUGAGUCUAGCUGUUGCAUUGAGGACUGUAACAGCCUAACAGUUCUUGCUGGCUAUUCUCUUGUUCCAACUAUUACACUAGCUGCUGGUUCUUAAACGCGCCACAUAAAUUAUAGUUUUAUAACUGAUGUUUAGCAUGAUUCAGUGGCUUCUAGUUUUUGGAUUGUGUAUCUGUAGUUUGUUGACUCACUUGUACAUGAACUAUAGUUUGAUAACUGAUUUCUGUUACUUGAACUAUAGUUUUUGUGCUUGUAUGGUGGUGCAUUUUUUGCUACAGGUUUUUUCAAAAUAGGAGAUGGCCUGGCUAGGACAAUUUAGCUUCCAAGUUGAUGUAUGGGAAUCGGGUAGUGAACCUGCAACUCGCUCAAUUUGUCAUGUUGCCACUGUAAAUGAAUCUAAGUUUAAGUU